UCGUCGCAGCGUAGAAUAGCAGCUAAUCAUUUUCGCUGCUCUCCCAUCAGUUUUUGGUCUGUACUCUCUUUCUCGAUUCUCUUACUUCAUUCUAUUGUGCAUUCGAAGAUUUCUACAUCUGCAAAUUCUAGUGAUAGUGAUAGUGCCGCUACUGAGAACACCCUCUUGGAUUGGAAGAAGAUCUUUUUCGAUCUUCAUAUUUUUAGUUGGUCCUACUGCACACAAUCUUCGCCUUUGGUGUUUCCGCAUAAUCGGAGGAGGAUUGCGUAUAAAAAUCUGGCCAGUGACGUUUGUCGUGUUGUCAAAAAGAAGCGAAGAUAACAGUGGAAUAUUUUUCCUGUGGAUUUAUCUCGGGAAUCGUCGUCACAGUACCAUCAGCGGAGAUGUAGAUUCGGAUUUUGGUCCAGCUGACAAGCAGAAAAUAAAUAAUUUGCUCAGCAUUAGCCUGGGAAGAAGAAAAUACGUAUCCAGGAAGAUCGGUAGUAGGUAGUAGGGAAUGAAAUCUUUUUCGGGGGGCAAAAUGUGAAUGUACAAAAGAAGAAACCGAAAAUUGGAGAGCCGAGUCGAAUAAGAAGAGAUUACUUUUGUGUGUGCACGUCGAGUGUAGACGGAAGAUUCGAGUGUUACGCGCUCUCAAGGCCAGGAAGUUUGUGCUUGUGAGGUGGUGGUGGUGUGGAAGUUCCGAGAAUGUCGCAGCCCAAUCACUUCCAACCAUGGAAACAGAAUCGGCCCCUGGGAAUUCCACCAAACCUGGGGGGUAACAAUAGCUACGGAAAGUUGCCGGCUGUAGCCCACCAGAAUCCGCCGCAGACUCUUCAUCUCCUACAUCAGCAACAGCAGCAGCAGCAGCAGCAACAACAACAGCAUCAGCAGGCAAUUCUGUUGAGCCAACAGGCAACCGGAUCGGUGCCGGUGAUUCAAUCGGCGGCUGCGUCCUCUUCGACAUCGGCGAUUUCAUCCUCGACGGGAUCGGUGCCGGGUUCCUCGGGAACCGGCAGUAGCACCCAGGGAGGAAUGAGUGACUUCCUCUCGCAGCUGGGGGUGAGCAAGUUGAUGCUAAGUAAACUGAGUGCCAGCUACGGGUUGGCCAAUCUCCCCAUUGGGAUGCCACUAGAUCAUACCGGACAGCAGCAGCAACAGCUGCUUCAACAAUCGCCUCUGGAUGAUUGUGCGAGUGAUAAAGAACGAGAGGUUCGAAUUCAGCAAAUCUUCGAGAAUGCUAUCGGUGACAACUCAAAAAAACAAAUCGUUGAGAUUCUGGAGAAGAUCUCCAUCCUGCGGCCACCCGAAAGACUACUUUUGUACCUGCGUAUGCCCGGCGGCUAUCCUGAGACAGAUCCCCUGCGCCAGUCUCAGAAUCCGCUGGGCACCCGUUCCGAGAUUAAUCACACCAUCAACUGGGUCCGAUCGCACCUGGAACACGACGCAAACGUAUCCAUACCGAAGCAGGAGGUUUACGAUGACUAUACAGCUUUCUGCGAGCGAAUCGACAUCAAACCGCUGUCGACGGCAGAUUUCGGAAAAGUGAUGAAACAAGUAUUCCCCGGGAUCCGGCCGCGGCGAUUAGGAACACGUGGCCACUCGCGCUACUGCUACGCGGCUAUGCGUAAAGCCACCAAACUGGCCCCUCCCAAGCUACCCGAUCUCAGCAGUGCUAGCGGCAGUGAGAAGCCUGAACCGGAGGAUCAAGUGCUAUCCGAUGAGGAAUCGUGGAAGGUGAUCAAGCUGUGGGCCGAAGCGAUGCUCCCGGGGGCGUUCGGAACGAUCAACGAGCUAGCCAGCUUCAUCAACAAGAACAAUCUCAACUCGCCGGCCAGCAUCGCCAGCCGGCAGUUGCUGCAGAAGAAACUCCUACAACGUGAGAUUAAGGAGAGGAAGAAACUUACGGCGGCCGCACUCAAGAAACGCCGACGGAAGCGCAGGAAAACCCUCUCGACGAGUAUGGAUUCCGAAGUUGCCGAUACGAACUCGUCCGUGGUGCCAGCUUCUGCGUCCUUUGCCUCCCGAGAAGCCAACGCACAGCAAACCCUCAGUACAAAGGCAACCGACGAUACAGCUGCCGCCCUCGGUGCUGCCACGGCUGCCGUCCUCCAGCAGGUAAUCAAACACGAACGGCCGGACUAUGCGGACGAGGAUGACAACAAUUCUAGCACCACGUCCACGUCCUCGACCAUGAAGCAGCACCCAAGUACAAAUCUCAACUGUGAUACUAGUAACGAUGCCCUCGUAGCAGCGGCCGUGGCUGCGGCUAGUCGGCAGAUGCGAAGUCCAGCCGAGGAAUACAUCCUCUGCAAAAAGGUGCGCCAUGCUCAGCAAUUGAAGGCUGCCGCCCAAAGUCAAUCGGCAGUAUCGCAGCAGAUGAUUCCCAACCCGCUGCGGACAACCAGUGCCGCAGCGAAACGAGCUGCCUCGAUAGCGCAUUUAGCCCGCCAGAAGCGACUGCGACUCCUCCAACAGCAUCAGCAACGGUCUAUCGAGGCACAGAACAAUAGCGCACCGCGCUACGAUGAGAUGGGCAAUCUGAUACUGAUUGAGUCGCAAGAGUUGGUCACUAGCAGCAGCAAGGAGGAUUUCAUCAUUCCCAGGGAACGGGUCAUUAGCAUUUGUAACAUGGAUAAGAACGCGUUGGAUGAUUAUCUGAACUGCGAGGAAGAGAACUCGCAGGAUCAGGACCAGGAGCUGCUGCAGUAUUUUCCGGAGGAAAAUCGUGCAGAUGAAGGUGGGGGAAGCUCUUCGGGAGGAGGAAUGGGACCUGGUAUGAGUGCCGGAACAUCACUCGUAGCUGGUGGUUACGGAAUGUUGGAAGAUAAUGAAACCAACUUCAAGCUAUCACAGCUGCGCAGUAUGCUGGAGCAGAAUAUGAACCAGAGCGGGAUGGAUAAACCCCAGGUAUGUGGACAGCUGGAUGGAUUCGAUGGCAGUGGUGUCGGACAACAGAUGAAUCUUCAACCAGGAUCGGCUUCUGCUUCGCUGGCAAUGCUUUCCCAGCGCCAUCACGGCAGCACUGUAAGUAGUUUAGAUAGUAAUACGUGUAAUAGUACUGAUUCUAAGAAGAAUUUGAAUGCUAAUAUGAAAUUGGUACUCGAAGGAUGUCUGAAUAAUGUAGGGAAUGGGUCGGCAAAUAUGAUUGUAAACAAUGGAGCUCCUCUGCAAAGCCCCAACGGACGUCGUAAAAACUAUGACUUUGUUCCCAUCUCGGCAGGUCCCCAGUCACCACGAGUUCCGUUGACAAAGUCGUCCCAUCAGAAUAGCACACCCAAUGCUAGUCCUUUUGUAAGUCCUAGGAAUACACCAAUACAUCGCAAAAGCAAAGCUCCCAACAAUGGACUAACCUUAAAUAUCCUACAGCAGCAAAAUCAACCGUCGUUGCCACUUUCCGGGUAUCAUCAGCGUCCGAGCUUUGUGAAGAACGAAAUAUCUGCCUCCGCUCCUCCAAGUCCAUCGCUGGCGCAAAAUUAUCGCUUUGGGAUGAAUCCAAAUGCACUAAACUGUCCAAAUUCGAUCCCCUCCUUCCAACCAAUCUGCGGACCUGCCUCCCAAAUGCAUCCGCACCAAAACAUGCCCGGUUCGCUAGAGUCCCGGUCUAGCAGCGUACCAUUAAUUGCUAACUAUGAUGCGUACAAUCAUUCCAAUUAUACUUCCGUAUCGCAAACUCCAGUACCUUCAGAGUGUGACGAUUUUUCUGACCCGAACAACAUUCUUGAUAUGCUUAACGAACCUUCAUCUUCGGUCAACAUUCAGCAGUCGAUCAAACUGGAGCAAUCUGAACCCAUGAUGUCCGACAUGCUAGACCAAGAAGAUAUGUUCUCCAAAGCUUCUGUUCCCUACAACAGCCUUUCACGUUCCGUUCCAUCAACUCCACUCCCACAUCAAAUGUCCUUCAAUCAUAACCAUCAAAAUAUCAGACCAUCGUUCGGUUCAUCCAACGGUGCCAGUUCCAAGUCCUUGUUCGAACUCCCCAAAUCGGUUCCAUCUACUCCAAUCUCACUGAACAAUAACCGUGAAUCACUUUUCCAAUACAGCCCCGAAACGUCCCGUGACUACCUGAUCAAUGGAAAUUCGGUCGAUCGCACCAACAAAAUGGCUCCCUUCUAUUCCAAUCAAUCCGGCGCCACCGUCAACGCCCCCGGUGCUAUUGGUAGUGGUGGUGGUAGUGGUGGUGGUGGCGGCAAUGUCAGCGUGGCUUCUGGUGGCCCUGCGGGAACUGCCAACGGAACUGCAGCAUCCGCCGUCCCAACGUCGUCCGGCUCGGAAACAGAAAUGUCCUCCAUCUUGGCCGAUGGAAUCGAAAGCCUUACCGAUGCCCUCAUCGGAACCGACACACUGCGCUAUCUGUAGAAAGGCCAACCAAUCGACCGGCGAUCGACCAGUCACUCACACUCUCAUUUUCACCCAUUCAUUCAUUCGCUCGCUCGCUCGCUCGCUCGCUCGCUCAGCGUGUACAAAGGAGUAUCGAUAUGGCCAUAUGCUAUAUUCAGUCAGUGCAGAACAACAUUGUAGCCACAAUGUAACAAUAACAAACAGACAACACUUACUUUAUUAGUAAUUUAUUCCCCACGUGCCGUUACUCUCUAUAUACAACCGUUCCUCUCCCGCUUCGUUGCAUCCCCCCGCACCUCACCGGUUAGUAGUUGGGGUGCUGCUGCAGUUUUGAUUGCAGUGUGUGGUGCCGUCUGCAUGUUUCCCAUCUAGCGGUGCCUCUCAGGGUGAUUUAUUUAAAAGCAUUUCUUAACAAUAUUGCUUUAAGGAAAAAUUUUGGAAUCAGUCGCACCGAUUUUCAAACAGACUUGAAUGUUUAGGUUUAGGUUUAGAGUAUUUCCGCAGGACUCUGCCAGUGGUGCGGGGAUUGCUAUGUAGGUACCGGUCGUUGGAAGUACCUAAGACGUACAACAGUAGUAGUCGUUGUCGUCGUCGUCGCAGUAGUAAUAGUGCAUAUAGUCUACGAUGUCGUCGUUGACAUUGACCUUGAAAAAUCGUUGCCUCUCGCAAUGAAGAUUACGAUCGACGUCAGCCGGUUGCUCUAUUUGCCUUAUUUGCCAUCCCGUGGGACGCGAGAAAUCUACAUCGUCUGUUGAAUGGCUAUCGAAUGCAAACCAGUGAACGGAAGCGGUGUUUGUUUUGCUUCGGAAUAAAAUCUCGUGCGAUGGACGCAAAGGUGGCCCGACGAGUGGGUGGGGAUAGUGUGUCACAUUGAUUAACUGAAUGGGAUUCGCAGAACUAAUUUUAGCUGACGGAUAGAAGAUUGUUUAUUCUUUUGAAAUUUGUGUUAGGAUUAGAGAAAUAAUAGUAGAGGGUUUUUUUGCUUUGAGGAAUGUAAGUUGUUAGGUAGGUUCUAAUAUUUUUUUUCAAUUCAAACCCGCAGGGGGAUUAACUUAAACUAGUUGUCAAACGAAAUAUUUAAAUUAUUAAAAUUCAAUUCAAAUCCAAAAAUGAAGAGCCCUUUUGGCUUAAUCAAUUAAACUGUCAGACCUUGAUUAAUGGACAUAAAAAGUAAUUUUAUGACUACUGAGGAAUGUUGGUAAAAGGGUUCAGAACGACAUUUCCUACUGCAAGCAUAUUAUUACUUUACGUAGUAGGAAAACUUGCGUCAUUGGGAUAUUUGUGCAUUUAUUUCAUUUAACUACGUCAAUUUAGUUGAUUAAAGCGUGCAUCUAGUCUAGUUUGAUAUGUAUCGGCUAUUACUCUAAAUAAAAGCAGUUGAGCACACCCUUCAAUUAGUUGCAAUUUCGUUGAUGAAUUCAAAGAGCCUUGACACAAAAUUUCGAUUUUUCGCCGCAAAGAUACGCCAUUCAUCUGCGUUUUGCGUAAUUGCUUGGGAUAAAUUUUUCACAAAAAUCACUUAAAAAACGCUCCACGCUUAUCCCGAAUUCCGUAGGCCCGGAUGACACUUCCCCGGUUAUUUCCGCGGAAAGAACCGUUUCACGGAUUUGAUCAUAAUGACGAUAUAGGACAAUUUUCCUUCUUUUAAACAUGAGCAGUUCUUUCUAUUUUUUUCUGUAAUUCUGAGUUUUGGGAAAAACUGAUUAAUGCGAAAUCUGAGUUUUAUAAAUCUAGGACAAUUUUCCUGUUUUUAAAUAUGAGAGCUCUAAAGAACUUUUUUGUAUAUUCGGUAUAUUCAGAACUUUGCGAAACUUUUAAAUUUUUGGAUUCGAAUGAUCAACGCGAAAUCUGAGUUUAAUAAUACAAGGAGGAUUUUCCUUCUUAUAAAUAUGAGUUAAGAUAGUUCUUUAGAGUUUCCUGUACUCGUCAUCAUCAACGCAAAACGUGUAUAAAAAGUAAAUCAAUUAUCAAAAUGAAAUUCAUUUCACGGAAUUCCGCAAAAUGGACUUCCGCGAAAUAGAGCAUUCCGUGAAAUAUUUCAUUCCGCCAAAUAGGAUUCUGCAUAAUGGGAUUCCGCGAAAAGGGUUUCUACGAAAUGGCGUACAAUCAUGGGAUCGUGAACAGUUCUCGAAAUCCAGGACCUGUCCGAGAUCUCAGGUUUGUUCUAGGUCCCAGAAUCGAAAUGUUUGCUCAAGCCCCAGGAUCUUAAUUUGUUUUCCAGUCCAGACAUCUGAAAAUCUAGAUAGAGCUGGUAUUAGGGCGUAACAGCUUUUGUAAACAAUUACUUCUAUCGAUGGUUUCUAGGAACUCAAGGCACGCCUACGCAGACCAACAUAACCAUCGGAUAGGGGAAGUCUUUCCCUACCCGAUGAGGAUAUUGGUUUGCGUAUGCGAGCCAUGAAUUUUUAGAAACCAUCGAUAGAAGUCAUUGUUUACAAAAGCUGUUAGGCCCUCAUUUCAGCUCUAUCUAGAAAUGUGUCUAAGUCUGAGCAUUGACGUCCAUACAUUUCAGUAGUUGCUACUCUGUGAUUGACCAGAUUAAGCGAACCAUAUGAAUCGAGCUUUGGAUUAGCAAUCCAUUCUCAGUGUGUUAAAUCCGGUGAAUCCUUAUUUUUGAGGUCAAUAACGGCGCCGGCCACGUCCUUACGGAAGAAAAGGAUUGUUAUUUCGACACCCGUUGUUACUAGAGACCGAGUAUACCUCUGCAUCUCCACGGUUGACACGAACAUGACGUUUUUGUUAGUGGGAAGGGAGAAUUAGAUCUGGAUUCACAUUGGAAUGUUUGGGUUCUAUCCCACGAUGUUUUGAGUAAGCAAAAACGGUCGCUCUAAGGCCACCGUGCCCCUUACAUCACAACAAACUACGACCGACGAUCGUUCAUUACCGGUUACAGGGCUGGUAGCAGGUCACUUUUUAGUGACUGUCACUAUUUUGAAGUCAGUCAGUAAAAAAGUCACUUAAGUCACUAUUUCCGAAGACAACAAAUCAAGAAGACUGGCAACUUUGCCAGAAUCCAAGCGACAGAUACAGUCGCGCUGCGCUUGAGUGAAGGUGGAAGCGACGCAUAGAAAAAUGAGCAAAUACACAAACCCUUCGUCUGAGGAUGUAAUCUUUGCUAUCAAAUUCGUCCGAAGCAUUUACCAUUGAGCGGCAGCUGACGCGAUUGUACCUAUCUCAUAGCGUUCGUAUGCGAAAAUGGAAGAGUUGCCAAUCUUCUUGAUUUGUUGUCUUCGCUAUUUCCCUAAAAAUAGUCUCUAAAGUCACUUUUUCCCAACUAAAAUAGAGUGAAAUGGAAAAAUAUCAACACCAUUUUUAUAUUGAGCACUUGGCACCAGGACUGUCAUCUGAUAACUCAAUGUGCGCAAUGUACUGAUUUUCUGAAAUAAACAGAGUGAGAAUCAAGCAAACACAAAGUUUGCUUGUCUUCCACCCUGCGCAAGUGUAAAGCAGCAGAGAAGAGAAGACAGACACACACAUACCCAGAAAUAACAAAAGCUCAAUGUGUAGCCAUCGCGGCUCCGGAGCAAAGAGCGCCACUCAGUGUAUGGUUGCAAAUGGGAAACCCAGCAAACAUACAAAAUUCUUCUUCGUUAUGCCGUUCUUCAUCUCCUAUGUAUGCAGUCGUGGUAAGCAAAGUCUGCAAAGAAUUCAAAGAAGACAUUAGCGCUUGUUGUAUUAUAUUCGCUCCCUGCGCCGCACGGAGUGUACCGCUCAUUGUGUGGAUCGCUUUCUCACAGAUUAGUUGGAAAAGAGUGUGCGAAGUAGAUGGGAGAACCACACACUCUUUGUCGAGUGCUGUGAGAUCCAUACACGAAUUUGCUUUGCUAACGCUCUGAGGUGCUUUCCAGCCCUGCUUGGCACUCAGGAAGUCUACAGUAGUUAUGACAAAACAUGCAUAUCUGUUGAAAAAUUAACAAUUUUAACCAGGAUGACCAGUGAACUGCAAAAAUUCAAGAACCUUUGAAACACCAGGAUAAAUACUGGGAAAUGCCUUCAAUUUCGAUAAAAAAUCGGGGAAAUAUACCUCCCAUCUCCAAAAAAAAAAUUCUAAACCUAGGAAUCUUUUCAAGGGUAUUUGUCUGUUCUAGAUUUUCAGAAGUCUUUGAAAAAUUAUCAAGAACUUAAAAAAAUCAAAGGACACUUUAAGACAAUUUUAAAUUAAGUCUUGCAAUGACAUCAAGACGUUUCAGAGAAGAAUAGCAAAAUACAGACUACGAAAGUCUCAUGUUAAAUUGAGUGCUCUGAGGGUCGAUUUCUUCACGUCCGCUCAAAUCUUUAACCAGGUUUACCCAUACAGUUAAACCUGGUUUAAGGUAAACGGAUGUGAAAAACCAAGCCCUGAAACUGGCACAUACGAGCGUUGCUUUUGAUUAUUGUUUAAAUUAUUAAAGGUGCAAAAUUCAGCUCCGAAACAAUUCUGAAAAUAAUUCCAAUAUAAUUGAGAGAAUUCUAUGAUGAUUGGAUGAGGAUUCUAGGGUCAAUUCUAAUAAGAAUUCAAACUAGUUCUGACAUUUUUUAAGAGCGCUCCGAUGAGAAUUCCAUGUAAAUCCCGCGAACUCCAAAGUUGAUCCGUGCGGAUGGUUAUUAAAGAAUUCUGGAAUGAUUUCUGAGGAAACUUUCAAGAGAACUCUAAAGAUUUCGAAAGAAAUUUCGAGAAGAAUUCCAAUGGAAUCGGCUUUUGAGGGUUCAAUCUCAAAGGAAUUCUUCGAAGAGCUUCAAGGGUAUUCUGGGAUGGAUUUUUGUUUUGAAAAUUCUGAGGAAAUACCAUGGAAAUUCUGAGGAGGAUACGGAUUGAAUU